CACGUUUUGCUGCCGCAGCUGUUGUGGGGCGCGCUGGAAGUCGGUGAGGUGCGCGCUUUCUGUAGUGACUAUGUCAAAUCUGGCACGGGCUUUCUCACGCUGGGCAGCGAGCAGAGCACUGAGCCAGUUUCACUUCGACUCUAAACUAGACGGGAUGUUGUCGCGCUCCCGCUGUCUGAGGUCGGAUUCAGCAGAGCAGUGAGGACACCGCUCAUUUACCAUGAGCUGUUUGGAUGUUGUGUACCCAGCCUAUGGACGUUACGCACAGUACGCACCGACUGCUCCUGCAUUUAUCAACAGCUUACAGGCUCCUACAGGUCUGAGCAGCACUGCGCCCCACAGUCGGGAUUUAAUGGACACUCCCAGCGUUCCUGAAGGGAUGUCUGGGGGCCCAGGCACGGGAGGAUCGACUUCCUCCUCAUCUUCAUCCAGCUCUUCUUCCUCUUACACCUCCACAUCAUCAAGGCCAGCAGACGGACCCAAGGAGAAGCAGGAGGCGCCCGAAGCAGAGUAUUUGACUUCUCGUUGUGUCCUCUUCACCUACUACCAUGGAGACAUCAGCAGCGUGGUGGACGAGCACUUCUCCAGAGCCCUCAGCUCCUACAUGGAUGGAGAGGGCAAGCGGCGGGCAUCAGACCAACAGGGCACAGACACCCCUUCACCGAGCAGCCGACGGAGCUUCCCCCCAUCCUUCUGGGACAGCAACUACUCCUCACCUCAGAGCCGCCCCCACUGCGAGACGAGCACACCCUCCUAUUCCAUGGACCCUUACACGUCAGGGCUACAUCCAGGCCUGCCGCAUCCACACGCUCAUCCCCACCCACACGCUCAUCCUCACGCCAACCCUCACCCAGCAGAGAGCUGGGGGUAUCCCCAGGCCCAAGCAUAUGGCCCUCCACGGCCUCUACAUGAACUGUAUUCACCGUCGGCUUUGGAACCUCACUACGGGGGCCUGCUCAUGCCCACCGUGAGACCACCUCAUCUAUCCGCCCUGCCGAGUCACUACGAAGUGAGCAAGCUGGAGCCCCCCACCUCUUGGCCCAGUCUACUUCCCCCUGGAGACGUUAGCCAGACCCUGGCUCUCAACAUGGAUGCAGGCCUCCAACAGCACAAGAAAGGCAAGGAGCUGUACUGGUUCUAACGAGCCCUUCAGUCACACUGACCUGCCAUUACCAGAUCCAAUUAGUCCCUGGACCUGCUCCGCUAUUGAAGCAGCUUGUCUUUUUAUCCCCCUACAACACACCGCAUCCCCAUCUAUCCACCCCCUUCUUCUGUUUCUAGCCUCCCAUGCCAGGAUACAGCCUUGCUCCAGGUCGACGUGUGUGCACCAUGGAGAUAAAGCGGAGAGAGGGAACAGUGCGGAGAGCCACAGCUUCUGAACUGGCUACGAUCUGUGCUUUUUUCUGCAUCUCUUCCUCUUGGUCUCUCACCUCUGCAGCACAGACACUGGCAAGAUGAGAGCCUCGGUGACCUGUUUGGACUGAGAAAGACAGGAUCACAGCAGACGUUUGCAGAGGAGAGAGAGGUAGAAGAGUAAAUGGAGGGGCAGAGGGAUGAAUAGCAGACAGCAGGGAUUUCAUCCAGCGACCCUGGUUAUUUCUAUCUCACAUUCUGUGUCGUCACUCAUCUGCAUUUCACAAAUGCAACAACAGCAAUACCCAAGAGCGGAAAUUAUGGCAGUUCAUGCUUUGUGACAUUCAUCACAAAGCCUUUUUUUAUUAUUAUUAAAUAUUUCUCUCUAAGACAAAGUGUUUAUUUAUCAGUAAUGUGCAUUUGUAUGAUGACUGGUCGGCCAGUGCUCUGAAAUCACCGUGAUUCAUUUUAUUGAGGUGAUUGAGCUUUUGCUGGAGUUUCACAUCUAUAUUUUACAAUUUCACCUCAUUGUCCAGUCUAAAGACUAUUCAUCAAAGACUGUACUGAUAAUUUGAUGUUGUUCCAUUUUAGGUUUUUAUUUACUAGACGUUUUGAAUUUGGGUGAAUAUUAUGGGAUUUUGUUUUUGUGUGUCGUCUUUCAUUUUUGUGUCCAUGGAGAAUGUAAUGUCAAUAAAUAUUUUAUUGUACAUCA